GCAGACGACAAAAUGUGAGCUUACCGCCAUAACAAGAAAGGGCAGGGCCCGCAAGAACUGGAGACAAAAUUAAACACUAAAAAAAUAAACUUAAGGAACUAAGGAACUUAUACAAAUACUCUAAAAGAACUAAGAAUGGCAGCAAUGAAAUCUAGCAGCAGCUUUUUGAAGACAAUACGUCCCAGUAAUCUCCUGAAAAGGGUCGUCUCUACAUCCCCGACCCCACAGACAAACGCAGAAGCCCACGCUUUUAUCAUGCAAGGCGACAGAGCAGCAACCUGCCCUUUCCGACACACACUAGAUGUGGAAAAUAUAUGGCGGCAUAACGCACAAACCGAGGAAAUAACAAGCUCAUCAUGUACGACAAAAAGUUUCGAGGAAAUACCAGGACCAAAAGGUCUGCCAAUAGUUGGAACCCUGUUUGACUACUUCAAAAAAGACGGACUAAGAUUUAACAGAAUGCACGAGGCAUACAAAAAACGAGCAAUAGAACACGGACCAAUAUACAAAGAACAGAUAGCAACAAUAAGCACAGUGGUGAUAAGUGACCCCGAGGAAUAUUCCAAGGUCAUCAGGGCAGAGGGAAAGUACCCAGAGAGGCGAGAGAUGGAGCCAAUUGCCCACUAUCGGCGAACAAAGAACCUUGACCUUGGGCUCGUCAAUGACCAGGGUGAGAACUGGUACAAGCUGAGGACGGUGACGGCGCCCAAGAUGUUGAAGAUGAAGGAGGUUCAGGAUUUCUGCGGGCCUAUGAAUGAGGUGGGUGACGACUUUGUGACCCAUCUGGCGCACUGCAGACAGCAGAACCACGAGGUGAUGGGGCUCGAAAAGGAGCUGUUCAAGUGGGCAUUCGAAUCAAUUGGUACAUUUCUGUUUGAGGAACGGAUAGGGUGCUUUUCCAAGCCGACCCCCGGAAAAGCACAAGACUUUAUUGAUCAUCUACAAGAAUAUUUCAAAUACCUUCAACCACUCAUGUUCAACGUGCCAUUGUAUAAAAUAUACCCUACCAAACUGUGGAAGAAGUUCGAAUACCAUUCCGACAAUGUCUUUCGACUGGGGAGAUAUUUUAUCAACAAAAAAGUGGCGGAGCUGGAGGAACAGAGAAGCAGCAUUUCCUCCGAGUCUUCCAGCACCGACGGCGAGGCUGAGCGCGUUCCCUUCUUGACCUAUAUGCUCUCACAGGAGUCCCUUACCACCGACGACGCGCUCUCAACCGCCGUCGACCUGCUCGCAGCCGCCACAGAAACGACUUCCAACGCGAUGUUGUGGACCUUGUACUGUCUGGCGGAGAACCCCGAGGCUCAGCAGCGCCUAUACGAGGAAACAAGGGCGGUGCUGGGGGACAGCACAGAGAUUAACGCUCAAAACUUAGGAAAACUCACCUACGUCAAGGCGGUACUUAAGGAAUCACUCAGAAAGUACCCGAUCACGUGGGCAACCAGCAGAAUCACCCAGGAGGACAUCGAGGUGUGCGGUCACAAUAUCCCGGCCGGGACCCAUAUCCAAGCGAACCUGUACGGAAUGUUCCAAGACGAAAAGCUCUUUCCUGACAACGACAGCUUCAAACCUGAGAGAUGGCUACGAGAAAACAAGAUGGACCAGACACUCAAGAGUCUCUCUAGUCUCAUAUGGGGGCAUGGAGCACGCAUGUGUAUCGGAAGACGAUUUGCUGAGCAAGAAAUACACAUUAUCCUGACCAAGAUUGUUCAAAACUUCCGAUUGCAAUACGACCGGGAACCAGUGGAGGCGACUCUGAACACUGUGAUGACUCCUGACCGCCCAAUGGUCAUCAAAUUUGUUCCACGAUCAUAAUACUCGACACUAUAGCACCGACAUAGACAGAAUUGGCAAUUGUUUAUAACAACAGUUAUGAAAAAUAAAACUGUCACAUGGUCAAACCAACGCAACUUUAUUGGUUAAUAAAUAGCCGAGUUUUAUUGGUUGAUUAAACAGACUAGCUUUAUUUCAGAUUAAUAAAUAUUACUCAGCCUUAAAAAAUAUUGCGAUUUAACCAGUAUAUGUGUAUAACUCUGUGACAGGCGGCUCAUUGCUCCAGCACGCUCCCUUGCCAAGUUAUCGCGCUGCUAUGUGAUCCAAACAGUUUCAAAACCGUUAGAACAAGUGUUCAUUGUGAUGGGGUAAUCAUGAACAUUCAUACUGAGGAAACAUCAUAAAUGUAAAACCAAACCUGUUAGGCAAUAUUACUUUUCUCUACGGAAAUAGUGUAGACUCUAUGUUUCUGUCUUUGCUUCCAAAGUAUAGCCGAUGUCCUCUCCUAUACCGUGUCUCGAAAGAUUUUGAUAUUUGCAAUUCAGAAGAAGCAUAUGGUGAAAUUAAAAUGUAUUUAAUACAUGUAUUAGCAAUCGGGGCACCAUAGCCAUUUCCUUCGAAAACAACAUCGCAUGUAUUGGACGGAUUACAAUGACAGAAUUCUUUACUUUGGCGGAGAUGGCCGAGGUAUUCCGAUUGUAAGAAUAUGUAACUGUUCAUUAACUUAUAAAAAUAGAUAUUCAAGCCUAGAUCAGCUAUCAUUGAUGGCUUAAUUGCAUAAAACAUAAAAAAUGAUUGCUUAAAAUGACGUUUUUAAUGGUUGAGAUCAUUUUUGUUUACUAACAAGGCAAACCCAGUUUUUGCCGCUACCGCUAAAAUAUACACGCGCAAAAAAUGGAGCAAUAUGAAUACAUGCUGGUACUAUUUUUUGACAUUUCAACGUGUCUAGUUUUUGACAUAUUAUUUCUCUUUGUUUAUUAAGCUGAAAUAAGUUGUCGUUAAAUUUUUGGGUUAUAAAUUAACGUAACGACAUAUAAGUGUUGGUGGUGGUGACUUAUGAUUGACGGGGGAGCGUUUCAUGCAAUGCUUUAUUUUGUUUUUGGUGAUCCAUUCAUAGUAUUAAAAAUCAGUUCAAAUAAAACGGUUCUGUAUUUAAAAAGUGUGUAAUCUAUUAAGCAGAACCGCAUUUCGGUAAAUACUUGCGUACUUCUUACAGCACUGUGUAAAAUAAUCGGAAACUCUUUUUGUUUCAAUUUCAAUGGGAACUGCCACUAUAUAAACGGUUUAACCAUUAUGUGAGGCAUGCUUGAGUCGAAUACUUUGAAACAUACUGGGUUCAAACAUGAUUUCAACCAUUUUAUAUAUAUAUAUUACGUACGUAUUCUGUCUUUCUGUAAAACAAGAAAACUUAUAUAGUGGAUGCUUAAAGAAGAACUUACAAAUGAUAACCCUGUUUUAUUUUAUUUUCUAUCACUUGUUGCCCGAAUUAUGCCUUUAAAUUUUAUAAAACAAACCUUUAAAAUAUUUGAUUGAAUCUUGCGGGCAAAUGCUCCAAAUGAAUUUCCAACUUCGUAAAGUACACCAAAAAAGCAACUUUUAACACAAAAUAUUGAUACAUGUACGUAUAAGCUGCUAUCCAAACAGCAAAUAUAUCUAAUUCUUAUAGUCUUGCAUAAUUAUGAAAGUUGUCAGGUACAUUGUUAAAAUAAUUUAGAUUAAUAAAGUAUUUUGAUACAA